AUGAGUGACAAAUUCCGCGACAAUUUCGUAGGUGAAAAAGGUUAUGAAGCCCUGAAGACAUUGAUGAGAGGUGGCAAUGAAUUGAGCAAAGAUAUUGCAAAAUGUUUACAAGAAAGAAACGAAGCGGAAAUUGCCUACGUCAGAGCGCUUCGGAAAAACAGCGACUUAUUACAAAAACUGGCAGGUCGAGCUAAAGGGUCAAUUUCGUUGGCAUUGAGAACACUUUCUAGUCAAACGAGUAAACAAAGUGAUGCACACAGUAUGAUUGCCGAUGUGUUAUUACAAGAUAUUUCUAUGCCUAUAAGGAAUUUUGCUGAGGCACAAUCAAAAGAAAUCAAAUCGAUUGAGGAAACACUCAAUUCAAAAUUCAAAGAAUUGAAUGCUCAAAAAGAUAAUGAUAAUAAAUACCGUUCACGUCAAUUUGACAAAUCGAAAGAAAUUGAAGCACUCAAUAAUAAAAUCAGCGAAAUAUCAAAACAAGGCAGAGUAUCAUCGAAAGACACUUCAAAGGCAAAUACAACCUCCGACAUCAAACAGCAGGCAUAUUUGGAUUCAUCUGUUCGAAAAGCAGAAGAAGAUUUGAAAUCGAUCGAAAAGAAAUAUCAUAUUUCAACGCGAGAUGUCGAAAUUGCACGGCAAGCAUGCGAUGCUGAGAUGUGUCGAAGCUGCGAUCAAUUCGAAAAAAUAGAAUUGAAUCGAAUCGGUGAAAUGGGAAAUUUCAUUGGUAAAUUUGCCGACACGAUGAAAGUUGUCAGUGAAACGAUGCAACAAGUUUCACAAGAUUUACGAGCCAUUCAUAUCGAACCCGAAAAUGAUAUUGUCACAGAAGGUCGAGCAAAUGAUCAACAACCAGAAACUGAAAUCUUGUUGUAUGAUGUUUAUGCGGAAAAUAUGGAUAAUACGAUGAGCGAACAACGUCGAAAGUUAAGUCUGUUGAAUUGGAUAGAAAUCUUAAAGCGCGACAUCGAUAUUCAAAAACAAACAAGUGCUCCAAGUUUUUCAUCGUUGGCAUCUGCACCGGCAAGUCGAGCGCUGAAAGUUGAAUCACCAGAUGAUGACCUAGGCAUGACUGGUGACGGGGCGAUGUGUUCUAUGCGUUCGAAGAAGAGUGCUCCUGAAGAUGCAAAAAACGACUCCUCAUCUUCGAAUGACGAUGAUGGGGGCAUGGGUCAUCGAAAAUGCAAGAAACAAGAGAAAAAUGGUACGGAAGUUACGCAAAAAUUCUCCAGUGAAAAGUUUAUUGAUCGACGAAGUGUUGAACUAUUAUUAUGCCUUUACGAAGCCAGUUUGUAUAAAAUCGAAUGUGUUUAUAAUCGACUGAUGAAAUUACCUGAGCCACCGCGGUAUGAGUACUCAUCUCGGAUUACUAGAACGUUUAAUGAGAAAGGAACUCCAACGACAUUAAUUCGUAUUCCAUUUCAACCAACUGCGCAUACACCUCCGUCGGCUCCAACUGCAAUGUUAUAUUUCGCUCGGGCCAUGCCCAUGCAACCUGAAUCGAUGGUACAGUCAGCAUCACAUCCAAUGACUCGUUCUGUACAAGGACAAUCGUCAAAUUUUGGUUGGGCAUUACCUUCUCCUGCUCAAGCUGAACAGGCAGUACCAGCGACAGAUCAUGUUCGUCGAAAUAGACCUCCUCGAGAAAGACCCAUUGUGUAUACGCAAUUGCUGACAUCUCAACCACCUUAUUCAGUCUCUACUGCCCCCACAGCACCAGUAAUGCCUCGAUCAAAUCCAGUUGCACAUGUGCGAGCGUUAUAUUCAUACAAAGCCAAACGUAAAGAUGAAUUGGAUCUUAAGAAAGGUGAUGUUAUUUUGUUGCUCGAAACACGAAACGAUGGUUGGUGUAAAGGAAAUCUACAUAAUGCCGUUGGUUUAUUUCCUGGCAAUUAUGUGGAACAUAUAUCAUGA